CCCCCUAAGUGCUGGGAUUAUACAUGUGUGGCAUGGCAGCUAGCAUCUGUCACUUUCUUAUGAUUUAUCACACUGAAUCAAGACUCUUGACCACCUCCUCCCUAAUCUGCAAUCUCCCUGAAGGUAGGAGCCUGGUCUCUUUCCUGUCUGCCUUACCAUAGGACACCUGGCUCAAUUAGUCAGUCUCCUUGGCUGCUCUGGUUCUAGGAAGGAAUUCCAGGGCCACAUGGUAAGCUGACCUCAUACUGAGCUCUAAAUCAGAACCCAAACAUUCCAUGAGCGGCAGAGUGUCUCACUGCUCCAGUUGCUGGGCUGUUAGAUAAGUAUUUCUUUCUCAUGUAUGAAAAAGAACUGGUAAUUUUAGAAUAAUGAACAAGGUUCAGAGUUCUAUGUUUUUAUUUUGGUGUUUAUUGGAAUGCCUACUUCAUGUCUGCUUACCUUAUGUAGAUGAGCUUUAUCCUUUUGGGAAAGCAGCAGGCUUACCAGGGAGUGUACAGUUACCAACACCAAAAGCGCCUGUGGAAAAACCUGGAGGCCCCAGUUCAAUAGCUCGAGAAAACGCGAUAACCGUAACGCCUACAAGUGGAUCAACUCUGAAGCCCUCAGAAUCCCAGACAAGUAAAGGAACAUCACAGAAUACUGAUACACCUGAGCCGACAGAAAUCUCUCAUGAGUUCUUGGCACGUUCUGCAGUCCCCAGGUUCAACUCUUGGAAUGCAGUAAUAAUUCCACGUAGACCUGGUCUUGUUCAUGUAAUUUCAGUUUCAAGUAUAGCCUUUGCUGUUGCCCUGAUAUGUGGACUCAUAAUCUCCUAUAUGAUACAUCGGCUGGUAAAAGCUGAGGAAAAACAGCAGCUUGCAACAUUGUAUGAAAAUGUCGAGAUUCCACUUUUAGAUGAAAAGGAGGUCUCUGAAGGUGAUGUCCAGGCUGAGACUGAUGAACCACAUCCAGAGAAUGAGGAACUGGGGAAGUUUAUCGGUUCAGUUAUUAGAACAAAAAGAAGGGAACACAUUUUGAAGAAGAAAAUGAAGGGAGAGCAAAAUCUACCCACAGAGAAUCCAUUGGAGAGUUCAAAUUAUGCUGAUCAAGUGGAGAGUCAUGACAACGUGGAGAGUCAUGACAGCAUGGAGAAAGAUGAAGAAGAGGAGAAUCUAUGAGAACAGAAGAAAGCUGUAGCAUGUGCUAGACAAUGUGGAGACCAGACUAAGACCAGAUCACAGAUGACUAAGAACAUGAACAGGACUUAAUUCCAGAGAACCUUGUUUCUUAGCUGUGAUAGUCCACGAAUAAUUAUAACUUAAGUAGAAUAUAGAAAACAACCUGAGUUCAUUAACGAUGACAAAUUGUCAAGGAUUUUCUUCUUUGGCUUCAGACCAGAAAUAAAGCUUAUUCCUUUAUUUGAGGGAGCCUUCUUGACUGUGAUAGCAAAAUAUUUUUUAUUAAAAAAACUUUUCUAAGGGA